CUCAUGAUCAUCUACACCACCUUCUGCGAAACCUUCAGUAACCCCAGCAUCGAGCUGGACCCCACCAGCCUGCUGCUGGUCGGCCUUAUCAUUUUCUCCAUCCAGAUCAGCUUCAUGCUGCUCACAUUUGCCUUUUCCACCAGGCCAGGCUCCAGGUUCAGCCCCGCGGACACCGUCGCCAUCAUGUUCUGCUCCACACACAAGUCUCUAACCCUGGGUAUCCCCAUGUUGAAGAUCGUGUUUGAGGGCUAUGAGCACCUGUCUCUGAUCUCAGUCCCUCUCCUGAUCUACCAUCCGGCUCAGAUCCUGCUCGGCUCCGUCCUCGUGCCGACCAUCCGCAGCUGGAUGACCAGCCGGCAGAAGGCGGUGAAGCUGUCAGCGCUGCAGCCCAUCUGACAUGAAAUGUUGGCUUUUGUGAAGUUACUGAUGUCUCAUACAAAAGGGAACUAUGGUGGAGGAUUGCAGUGGUCACACGUGCCUUAUUGCUACCAAUCAACGAAGACCUCAGCCUAGCGGAAAGAACGAGAGGAACCGCCUCAGUUCUUGUCUUUCUAUGAUGAGGAAGGACUCCUCUUUCCAGCACAUAUAUUGUUUUAUAUUAAACUAAGUGCGAGUUCUAUUUUUAUAUGGAUUUUGGAGCCAGAAGGAUGAAGUUAUUUGGACCAGUCUUUUCUCUUUUCUGCUGUUUUCAACAUUUUUCUACCUUCCCACUAGCGGUCGCUGCCUGCGUCAGUGUUUGUUACAUGGACGAUCUGGAUAAUCUGAUACUUAAUAUACUGUAUUGUAACAGCCAAUUGGAUUUUGGACACUUUCUAAAAUGCCGUUUGUCUUACAAGUAGUUUUUUGGUGGUGUUUAGUUGAGUGGAGGAUGUUGGUACAUUAAUACUGGAGUAGUGAGUCCAAGUUUACAGGUCAAAUUUUUUGUUAAUGACUUGGUUCACUUGUUUCUAUAUGGCUGUCUCAGUUUAAUUCCUGGCCUGCUUCCCUCAGAUUCUAACCAAAUCUGUCACCCAUAAGGGCAUUUAUGUCUCGGACCAAUAAGGAGAGCUUUGGGCUCUCAGUAAGGAUCCUGUUAAAUAGUAACAAAGCACAAAAGAAGCAGGACUGGGUAAAGCUGAUAUUAUUGUUUGGUAUGAGAUACCUGCCAGUCUGUUGUUAUUGGCAUUUAAUAUUGCAAAAUUAAAAAAAGUAAAGAGAUGGGGGGCAAUUUUCUUACAAUGUCUUAACAUUGCAGAUUUUUUCCUGGGGGGCACUCUGCAACGUUCCACAAACAAUCGGAGCAGGCAGGACGUGAACAAGUAAAUAAAUCACCAGAUAUAAGAAAUGUUAAAGUGAAAGCAGAAUAUCAGAGUUUUAAACCACCAAAUAUCAGAAUCAGAAAUCCUGCAUCACUCAAGCUCUAGAAUAAAGAUCUAAAUAAACCUCUGAACAUAGCUGUAGAAUAUGGUAUUAUCUAAGGAAAUAAUAUAGCUGAUUGUAUAUCACACCAACCAAAGUCUACAGUAAACACGUAAAUGUUUUUUGGGAGGAAAAAUCUAGAACUCCAGAGUCUUAGAGUCCCUCCACACUCGAGGCUGCUGGGCUCCAGAGCUGCAACUUUAAAAUACAAUAAUAGAUUUCAGACCUCUAGAAUCUAGAUUUGCAUAACAAAAUUUUGUGACAUGAGGUCUGGAGCUGCUUCACCUUAUUCAGAGGUAUGACAGCGAAUGAGUUAUCUCAUUAGAACAGCAGCACACGAUCUUCACUAAAACGUUGUUCUAGUCCAUCUCGUUCUGUGGACCAAACAGAAAUGCACACCAGUGAGGAGAAAGGGUGGGAAUUUGCUCAGGGGAACUUUGGUAGUAUUUUUCUAUUUUGUUCUUUGCUCUAACGACUUAGCCUUACAUCCUUCUGGUAAAUUAUGACAACUCUGACUUCCAUUUUUCUUUAAGGGCUUUCACGCUACGUAAUAGCACAACUCCACCAAGCCUCAGAGGACACACUGGAGGGCCUUACAGUAGCUCUGUGCACAGCUAACUCUGUAUCUGUUGUAGCUUAAAGUAGUGCUAGCAUGUUAAAAUUACCGUCACUAUCCUUUCUAACACUGAAUUACAGAUAGCAGCAUCAUGAGGUUUACUCUGCUUUGUUGGUACGUCACUACAGAUGCCCGUUGGUUUUCACCACCAUGCUGCUCAACCAGUCAAAUCCAGUAGUGAGCAGAUUGUAUUCAGCUUCAGUCCCACAUUACAGUAUUUUUUUUUUAGUCUGUAGUCGUCAUGUGUACCUAACCUUACACUGGAAAAAGAAGAAACCACACAUUGUCCAUCCUUUGAACUUAUUUCUAUAUCCAGGAGACUCCUGUUACUUCUGGCUCACAUUAUCACCAAACAUCGCCUGUGGAGUCGCAAUAACAACAUUAAUGGGAAAUAUCCUACAAUGAAUUACAGCAUGGUGUUUCUGUCUUAUAGUAUUAAAGUGAAUUGAAGUGAUGGACCAAAA